GAGUCCUUUGAAAGCGAUGCAGACAAAUAAGAUAAUAUUUACGGAUAUGUUUGAACGAUUUUAUGCCUCUGAUAAUCAAAAAUUUUGCGCUUAUUGUGUCAAAGGAACAGAAAAUUCGUCACUCAGGUUAUCAUAUUUCACAAUGUUUGCCUUAACGCUUCUCGGGGAUAAUUCUGCCAUACAAUAA